AUGUCGAACUCGAAUACCAAUGGCGCCAUUGCCCGGAUCGCCAAGGAGAUCGCGUCGGCGCAGAAAGGCAGCGACCUGUCGAUUGCAGUGUCCUGUCGCGAUAGCGACGUACGAAGCGUUCGCGCACUGAUCAUCGGACCGCCCGAGACGCCGUACGAGUUUGGCUUCUUCGAAUUCGACAUGAAAUUCACCAAGGAGUAUCCCAUCAAGGCUCCCACUGUGCGAUGCCUCACGACUAACAGCGGUCGAACCCGCUUCAACCCCAACAUUUACGCCGAGGGCAAAGUAUGUCUGUCCAUUCUGGGCACCUGGCGUGGGAAUCCUGGAGAAGAAUGGAGCGCAGCGCAGGGUUUGGAAAGCGUCUUGAUCAGCAUCCAGAGCCUCAUGUCGAGUAACCCAUACGAGAAUGAGCCCGGGUACGAAAGCAAUAAAAAGGAGGAGCCGCAGCCAUCUGCGUACAUUGCCAAGAUUCGGCACGAGACGCUGAAAGUGUCCGUGUGCCAGCGCUUAGAGGCCUUGCUGCAGAUACAGCCCGAUAAGAUCGAGCCCGCUCUGAAGAAGGUCAAGCUCAGUCCAACGGACGAGUCACCCGAGCCAGCCAAGUCGUCCUUUGCCGAUGGCACGAACGGCUCGUCAACACCAGCUUCGGUCCAUGAGUACGAUGCUGAGGCGACAUACAAUGCAUUGGAUCAAGCCCAGUGGGAUCCCUUCGCCGAUCUCGUCAAGCGGAGGUUUUUGUGGUAUUACGAUGCGUACAUUCGAGCCAUCGACCUGUUCGGCGAGGCACAACCAGAUGGUACAGCAUUUAAAAGGAUGGAAUUCGAAUACCCGCCAAAUAGCAUGGAAGGACAUUUCGAGUACAAAAGUCUCAAGACUCGUAUGGCCGCCAUCCUCGCCCGACUGGACCAAGAAGCUCAGUCCUGGGAGCGUCUUGGCGCCCAACAAGUCAUGUCGGCGACACAGCUGGCUACACAACUUGCUUUCCAGUUCAAGCAAAUGGAGGACAAAUGGAAUGCAGGGUCAUACAGUGGAUGCCGCAUGGAGAUCAGCUUGCCGAACCCCAAUAAUCCAUUCGUAUGGCACCUGACAUUGUUCGGCGAGCCAAUGACCAACCUUGACGGCGGUAUCUUCAACCUGGAUGUAUACAUUCCUCCCGACUUCCCAACCACGCAGCCCCGGGUGAAGAUUGCAACGCCCCUUUUCCACCACCGCGUGUCAAGCAAUGGGCAUCUCUGCUACUUCCCGGUCAAGGAGGACGAAAUCGGCUCUCAUCUAGACGCCAUAGUAGCCGCUAUCGAGGACAAGACAGCAAAUUUCGAUCCACGGGCCAUGGUUAAUCCCGAGAGCUUCGAUCUGAAGUGGGGUGGAGAGGACAAGCGAAAGCAGUACAAUCGCAAGUUGCGCCGCAGUGCACAAGAAAGCAGUGAGUUCUUGUGA